AUGUCAUUAGAUAGUGAAUAUGAUAGUGAACAAGAAAAUAUUACUAAUAAACUUUGCAUUAAAGAAGAAUCAACUUAUCUCUUUAGUGUAUAUCUAGUUAAUUUUGAACUUUCAAGUAAAAAACAAAAAACAAAUAAUUCAAUACCAAGUAAAAUCAAAUAUUCUUGA